AUGGCCGACGAGGCUAUUAAAUCUAGCAGUCAUAACGUCAUUCAAUUUGAUCGCGAGAGAUUCUGUUUUAUGGUUGCCGAAUGCAUUAACCAACGCGAUGGCCGACCAUUAGGUACUUUUAGCGUUGAUCUCAGGAGAGGGUGGUGCGAUUGUGGGAGGUUUCAGGCAUUUCAUUUACCUUGCUCUCAUGUAAUCGCAGCAUGUGCCAGUAUACGACAGGACCAUACCAUGCACAUACCAGAUGUUUUCAAAGUUCUAAGUGUAUUCAAAGUAUACAGCCAAAGCUUCCUUGGACUACCACACCAGCAAAAUUGGCCAACAUAUGAAGGAUUCACUCUUUGCCAUGACGAGACAAUGCGACGAAAUAAGAAAGGGCGUCCAAAUAGUACAAGAAUUACAACUGAAAUGGACGAUUUUGAGAAAGAAAAGAGAAGAUGUGGGAUUUGUCGAGAAAUCGGUCAUAUGCGGAGAAAAUGUCCAAACGUGGCAGGCCCAUCAAAUCGGCCCGUCUAA